CUGUAGAGAUCAGAGCUAUGUAAAGCUUUUCCAUUAAAAAAGUAAAAAGCAAAAGCAAAUUGUUUGGUUUAACUUAAAAAUUUUCAAUUUAAUCGUGCGUUCUCCGUGUUGGGUCUGCAGUUAUCGAUAGUGCGAUUUUUAUCGGCCAAAUCCCACCCCUAGAUAAGCUCUAGCGAAUUCAAGUUCUUUUUAGUUCGAACGGCGCUAAAGGAUAUCUGAAUCGAAGACAGUAAAAAUCACAGGCAGUCAGGAUGGUAGUUGAGAAGCUGCAUCCCCUGGACAAUUGCCAGCUGUUUGUCGAUGUGAAGGCACAGCUGAAGAGUUAUUCCGAGAACGUAAAGAACCUACGUUCCAUAAUGUAUUUCAGCGGAAACGAGAAUCAUAUCAUGGAAGUUUGCUGCCGAGUGCUAUUGCCCCUGAUUGAACAUGAUCUUAUCGUCCAGCACGCACACCCGACUCUUGGUCUUGACUUGGUCACGGAGUGUGUGGGCCCGGAAGCCAAGAACCACUUCCGCGGGCUGUUCGCCUUCCUCCUGGUCAACUCCGCCACAGAGUUUCCGUCACCGGACGCUAAAUGGGGCCCGCAGUGCGCUCAUCUGCUGAACCAGCUUCCGCUGGUGCCCCAGUUCAUCACCGUAGCCAUAUACCUGCGCUGCGCCAUGUCGGACGCACUCGAGGAGUUCCUUGCCUGCGGCCCCCGCUGGCUCACCCAACAGUACUUCGAGACCGUCAACCAGAUUAUGACGAAGAUCUACAAAGACCGCUCCGACGUCAUUGCUCGUCUCUGGUCCUGUCUGCGCGCCGCCGGCGACGCCAUCGUCUUGCGCAACAUCGCGGAGGCCAACGACGUGCUGAUCCCGUUCAUCUCGAGCAUGCUGCAGCGCCACUUGGUGGUCCAAGAGGGAGAGUUGCGUGUGCUGCACCCGACCUACCGCAAGGCCUACCUGGCAGAGGCCAUGACCCAGAUGAUCGGAAUCGUUCUAAGGGCCCUCGAUGAGAAGGUUGUGGGGCGCCCGAAGCCAUCGUACUUCGCAGUUUACAGCCAGCUGGGCAACGAUCUCUCCGACUCCUAUGAACCGGAUCCGAGGCCGGAUCUGCGCCGCUUUGCCAAUGUCGUGUUGGACGCCCUCCAGCGCGUUCUGUAUUUGGUGACCGUCAACAGCUACAUGGACUGGGUGGAGCUGAAGUCGCCGCGACUGCUGUACAACUACCAGGAGCACGUGUGCAGCCUAUCCAGGCAGUUGCUCGGUGAGCUGGAGAAGCCAGAGAACGCCGAGCUGGCCAGACACUCCAUUUGCGCACAACUCAAGCCUUUUGCCGAGAGCGCCAAGACCCUGGAGCAGCGCCUUACCGAAGUGAGUAUCGGCGAGCUGCUCAAUUAUCUGGAUGGCGAAGGAGAGGCAGAGCCGACAGAGGAGGAAAAGGUGGUCGGACUAACUGAGCUCUUCAGCCGAUCCAUCGCCUUUGGCAACGAUGAGUGCGUGGCCACCAUGCGCGGCCACUUGGAGCUGUUGACCGUGGAGCACGGUCGCAUCAUAAUCGAGUAUCUCGGGCAGGUCGUGCUGGCCAGGCAGGCGGAGAAGAGGGAGCGGUUGGCGCAGAUCAUGAACAGCUCUGACGAGAAACCCUACAUCUUCGAUCUCUCGGAAACUGUUUCGGACGACGACGACGACGACGACGAGGAGGAAUACGACCAGCUCAUCGGCCUUGUUCUGCGCCCGAUCUACAACGCAUGCACCCCGGAGGAGCAGGUCUCGCUGCUCGAGACGCGCGACGAACUGAAUGUCACCCACUUCUUCCACUUCGAGGGCGGCGCCCACCAGGAGAAUCGCAUCCGCUUCUUCAACCAGCUGGAGCUGAGCGGCGCCUUCCCCAUGUCCGAGUUCCUACUGCUGUGCUACGAGCGGCCGGUCGAGACCUGGCUGGAUCUGGCCCGCCUCGCCAUGACCCACAAGCGCUUCGGUUCGCUUUUCUGGCGCAUCGCUCUGCUCUGCCCGCGCCAUGCCGUGCACCACAUGGACAAGUGCGCCAGCAGCCUCAUCCUGGACGAGCGCCUGCUCCAGAAGCCCAACGCCCAGAACUUCUUGCUGACCUUGUACGGUCGCCUGCUGAUCCUCAACGGAUUGAAAACUGAUUCUAACUCCAAAUGCUACGUGAACCUCAACGGCGGCGAGUUCCCGUACGGCAGGGAGAAGCUGAAGCAUUGCAUCAACUCGUACCUGAGCGCCUGUGCCGCAGCCCUCGGCGAGUUCGGAACAGGCCCGGAACCGAACUACGCUAUUCUUGAGUGCAUCUUCGGCGUGCUCAUGCAGAUCCACUUCUUCGAGCGGCGUCUGCGGGAGAUCUGCCGCGAGCAUCUCCGGAUCAUGGAGCUAGACGGUUCUGUGAAUCCCGAGGACCUAGACGAGGCCAGAGACUAUGCCGAGAUGCACGCCAGCAUGUCGGGGUGGCGCCAGUGCCACUGGGGGCUCAUGUCCCAGAUGAUGCGCUGCAUGGACCAGUUGCGCUGGAAUCUCUCAAACUUUGACCCGGAGCGCGUUGGGCUCCUUGGCAUCGCCGUGAAGUAUUGGAAGCUGAACAUGCCCCUGAUGCUGUAUGUCGACGAGGAUUUGCGCAGGAAGGUGACUGAGAUGGCCUUGACCCUCAGCCACUCCGACCUCUAUGUGGCCAAGGAGCUGAAGGUGCAGUCGCCCAACUAUCCGCAGGAGUUCAUAGGCCUGGUGACCCAGGCCUCUGCCCAGGAGGCCACCUCCCUCUUCCGUCGCAGCCUGGAGGACCGCAGGGACCAGGCCAUUUGGUCCGAGCUAAGCAAGCUGGUGGAGCAGGCCGAUUGCGCCCCCGCCUUCGGGGCCUUCAGUUUCCUGUUCCGGCGCUACAUGGUCGCCUUCCGCAAGCACCACCAGCGUCGCCCCAAGGGGAAGCAGUGCCGCGUCGAACGACUGAUGGCCAUCGUGGCCCUGUCCCCACAUCCGAUUCGCGAGGAGACCCGAAAGCUGGCCGAGAAGAUGCUCACCAGCAAGCCAGGACAGCGUGCCAUCGCCGCUGGACGCGUCCAGAAGCCCCUCGCCGCCAAGCGCGCCGUGAAGGCCGCCACUCAUUAAAGAUUUAACGGAAGACUCACUUCUCGCCUCGCAGGCAGAGUAUUUAAUAUUUAUAAGAGAACAUGACGUGUGAUUUUGGUAGCUUUUUGAAGAAUUACCAAGCAAAUAGUCCGAAAUAAACUAUUUCCGAAACCAA